AUGAACCAAGUGUCGCUUGAGGAGUUCAGGCACGGCCUGCCUUCCUCUGCUUCCACUCUUCAAGCAUUUCAUUCACAUUCACGGAGAGAUGCUGUCCAGAGCUUCGCGGAUGGGUCGUUUUUCGUGCAGCUCGCUCCCAAAAGCAAACCGUUUCCAUUGUCUUGGGCUGCUCGACUCGGCAUAGUUUUCAGCUCAUUGGCGGUAGCGUACGUUCUGCUGUUUUGUUUUCGUUUUAUAGAGGCUGGGCUUCAGCAGGUUCCACCUACUCGAUCCCUUGCAGCUGGUGGAUAUGGAUCAUGUCGCUUAAGCUUCGUACCUGGGGAUGAAGAUGAAGAUUACGAGGAGACGGGGGGUUGGACACAACGUUUGGUGCAGUCACCCGAGCAGGAACAGCGAAUAUCACCGCCUCAACAGGCUUUGCAAUAUCAAGGGGAUGUCGGACUACCGUGCGCCGAAGGGUACGCUGCCGGCGAAGUGGUACAGGGGACUUCCGGAGACGUUGCGGGCGGUGGCUCUUCCACAGAUAGCUCGAAGACGCAUGACUUGCACUUGUGGGUAAAUCGAAACAUGCCUACAAGUGAAAAGGAAUUUCUGUUGCGCACGUUUGGUCGCAUCGUGAAUGCGACGAGGUUGUGUGGGUCACUUUUGUCAGUCCUAACGUGCAGGCAACGCUUGUAUUUUACAUUCCACGUGGUGAGGUUGCUUGCCUUGGAUUUGGGAGCACUCACAUUGGUUAAGGAAGAUAUAGAGCCUACGAGAAAAGCUGUAGGCGACUCCCUCAUCCAGCUGGCGAAGCAGUCGCUUGAACGCAGUGGGGACGACGAAAGCAGUGAAGGCGAUCGCAUCGCGCUUCGUGAGCUUAUCAUUAUAAUUGAAGAGAUUAAGAAGCCAAGACCUAUUGAACAAGAAAAGACUCCCACUAAAUACAAAAAGAAAAUGAUAAGCAUACUGGCAACUUCCGACACAGUACUAAGGAAUUGUUUGGGCGUUUUGAGGGGGCUGCAACGGCUCCAGCAAGACUUGUCGCUAAGAAAGCUGCCGGCUAACGUAAUAUUACAGCAGCUCGGUGUUUUGAAGGCUCUUUACUAUGUCCACGCUGACUACCUCUCAAGAGAUGGCUCACUUCGGGCACACAUACUAGAGUGCCAGAAGCGUACGCGUCUGUAUGUGUUUUUUGGUCGGGAGCACUUUAAAUUGUCGAAAGGUAAGAUUCUACCAGUUAAAGAGCUGCAGAACCAGAUAACUGCAGCUGUUAAGGCCGCUGGCGGACUUCUGAAACCUGGACAAGGAGUUGCGUGGAAGCGUGACAGUGCUGGCAGCGCAAUGGAUGAGCAGACUGAAGAGGGAAAUAGUGAGCCUGAGGCGCUGAGUGGGUUCGCCGGUAACGAGCUGCUACAAGGAGCAUUAUCUCAAGCAAUUCAGGCUUCCUAUGAGGCCAGAACCUCUGCAGCGAGCAGUGAAAUGGAGCCGGAUGAUCUUCUGCCAGCUACAGUUCCAACUUCGCGGCCUGGCUGGUUGCUUGAGCAAGAUGCAAAUGCUGGGCCAGCUCUGACGCCUCCCCCCACAGACAGAUUUGCCGGGAAGCCUGUUGAUCCAUCGCCGCAAUUUGUCUCUCCGCAGACGUUCCUGUCAGCGGUUGGCAUGUCGGUGUUUUGGUCGCAAGCAGCAAGAGGGGGAGUUCUACACGGGGGCCCAUAUUUUUCUGGGGCGUACGCUUCAUCUGCAAGACCCUCCCAAAUGUCAACUGCUUCGUAUAGUGCACCUUCCUCUCAAGGCAGCUCAUCAGCACAGCGCGUCUCUACAGGACACAGUGCUACACCGCGUCUGAUGCAACAGCCUCUGUUCGAGCGGAUGGAUGUAGGUGAGCCGUCUGCGUGGCUGGAGACGCGUGCCCGUCUUCAAGGAGAGCGUCAGAGCAGGCUGCAGACAUCUUCUCAGCUUCGAGAGGAUUACAUAUGGUUAGGGGGACCUGCAUCUAUGCAAGCAGAUUACAGUCUUUUUGGGGAUGGCGGCAUACCCCCCUGGUCGCCUUUUCCACAGGCACCAGCUGAAUCUAUAGAGAGUCACGUCCCUGCAGGCAGCGAAUUUCCUGUCAGUCUGGGGGAAGCAAACAUUCGCUUUCGCAGGACGGAUGGCCAGGACGAAGCAGCGGUUGGCCGGCUGAGUGGACGUAUUCGGAGCGGCCGCCAAUAA